GCAACUCCUCCAUCGGAUCGGCAUGACCUUCUAGACGGUUCCCAAACCCACCGGCCGCCGCAGUUGUCGACAGAGCCGAGAGGGAAAUCCAGCACGAAUCGCCGCGAGCACGAACCGUGAGGUCAUGGCGGAUUCGGCCGCGCCCCGUCCCACCGUCCUCGUCACCGGCGCCGGCGGCCGCACAGGCCAAAUUGUCUACAACAAGCUAAAAGAGAGAUCUGAACAGUUUGUCGCAAGAGGUUUAGUGAGGACAGAGGAGAGCAAGCAGAAGAUUGGGGGAGGAGAUGAUGUUUACAUUGCCGACAUAAGGGAUGCAGAUCGUCUAGCACCUGCUGUUCAAGGCGCCGAUGCGCUCAUAAUCCUCACAAGUGCUGUCCCGAAGAUGAAACCGGGUUUCGACCCUAGCAAAGGGGGGAGACCUGAGUUCUACUAUGAUGGAAUGUACCCUGAGCAGGUGGAUUGGAUUGGCCAAAAGAAUCAGAUUGAUGCUGCCAAAGCUGCUGGAGCGAAGCAUAUAGUGUUGGUGGGAUCCAUGGGAGGAACAAAUCCUAACCAUCCACUGAACAGCCUUGGUAACGGCAAUAUACUGGUGUGGAAGCGCAAGGCAGAACAGUAUUUGGCAGACAGUGGAGUCCCUUAUACAAUUAUAAGGCCCGGAGGUCUGCAAGACAAAGAUGGGGGAGUGAGGGAGUUAAUUGUUGGGAAAGAUGAUGAACUUCUCCAGACCGACACAAAGUCAAUUCCAAGAGCUGAUGUGGCUGAAGUUUGUGUUCAGGCUCUGCAGUAUGAAGAGAUAAAGUUCAAGGCAUUUGAUUUGGCUUCGAAGCCUGAAGGUGUGGGCACGCCAACGAAAGAUUUUAAGGCAUUGUUCUCCCAGGUUACUGCUCGGUUUUGAGCGAUCUGCUAAAGCAUAUUCUCAUGUCUAGGUUUUCAUGAUGUUUUCAGUUCAUCGCUGAUGGAUCUGUAUUGGAUUUAUAACUAGUUAGCUUGUGUAUGAUGAAGCUGCAUUUAUGUGUAAUGGCAAAAAUCAUGUUGUCAAAACUGCUGAGAGAAAUCAGUGAAUUGUUCAGAGGCA